AUGUUCAAGAAGCCCGUCAGCAGCGAGGAUGCUGCGGAAAGCUCCUCGUCGGAGCGCGUCCGGCCGCCCCGCUACGCCUUCGGGCUGCUGGAAACCCCCGGGACCGCGGGCGGCCGCCCCCCCCCGGGCCGCAGCGGCAACAGCCGCAGCAGCUCGAGCUCCUCGUGCGAGCGCACGGCCUCGGGGGGCGGCUCGGCCUCGGGGGCCAAAGUGCCGGCGGACACCUUCUCCAGCGGCUUCACCCCCACCGCAAAAGACAACGGGUUAACGCGAGAAUCAUAUUUUGGUGAUAAGAGCUCAAAUGCAGGGAAUAUAAGCAUGUUCACUGCCCCUUCAGCACAAAGCAGUAGAGGACUUGAUGCUCGAAUAGGGAAAACACCUUUAUCCUCCACCAGCAGUCGACCAGUAAGACCAGCCUGCAGACUUCGUACUCCACAAACUAUUCAUUCAGUUACUUCAUCUUCUGCAGUCUCAGCUCAUGUCGUUGCAUCAGUAAUUGUAGCAGUAGUGGAGGGACGUGGCCUUGCCAGGGGUGAAAUAGGAAUGGCGAGUAUUGACCUAAAGAGCCCUGAGCUAAUAUUGUCUCAAUUUGCAGACAGUACCACUUAUGCUAAGGUUAUUACCAAGCUCCAGAUUUUAACACCAUUAGAAAUAAUAAUGCCAAAUACUGCUUGUGAUAAAGGAAGUGGAACCAAACUGUACAGCCUUGUCACUGAAAACUUCAAAAGUGUUACUUUCAGUACAGUUCAAAGAAGGUACUUCAAUGAAACAAAAGGAUUGGAAUACAUUGAGCAGCUUUGCACACCAGAGUUCAGCACAGUAUUAAUGGAGGUUCAGACUAAAUACUACUGUUUGGCGGCGGCAGCAGCUUUGCUGAAAUAUGUCGAAUUUAUACAAAAUACAGUUUAUGCUCCAAAGUCUCUUAAAAUCAAUUUCAAGGGGAGUGAACAGACAGCAAUGAUAGAUUCUGCUUCAGCUCAACAUCUUGAACUAAUUAUUAACAACAGGGAUCCCAGAAAUAAUCACACAUUAUAUGGAGUUCUUAAUUACACAAAGACUGCUGGAGGGAGUCGUAGACUUCGUUCAAAUAUCUUGGAGCCCCUCGUUGAUGUGGAGACAAUUAAUACAAGGUUGGACUGUGUCCAAGAAUUGCUUCAGGAUGAGGAACUUUUCUUUAGCCUUCAAUCAGUAAUUUCACGAUUUUUGGAUACAGAGCAGCUCCUGUCUGUUUUAGUGCAGAUUCCGAAGCAAGACACCGUACAGGGGGCUGAAUCUAAGAUUACAAAUUUAAUUUACCUGAAACAUACGCUGGAACUUGUAGAACCACUUCAGUCAACUUUGAAAAACUGUAAGACACCACUACUACAAGCAUAUUGUAGUUCACUUGAAGAUAACAGGUUCAGCCUUAUUCUACAGAAAAUCAAAACCGUUAUUAAUGAUGAUACAAGAUAUAUGAAAGGUUGCUUAAACAUGAGAACCCAGAAAUGCUAUGCUGUCAGACCAAAUAUCAAUGAAUUUCUUGAUAUUGCACGACGCACAUAUACAGAAAUUGUCGAUGAUGUAGCAGGAAUGAUAACACAGCUGGGAGAAAAAUACAACCUGCCCCUGAAAACCAGUUUCAGUGCCACGCGAGGGUUUUUCAUUCAGUUGAAUUUAGACGGAGCUGUAUUCCCUAAUGAUCAAACACCUUCAGAGUUCAUGAAGAUUACCAUGGUGAAGAACUCAUACAGCUUUACUACUGCAGAUUUAAUUAAAAUGAAUGAAAGGUGCCAGGAGUCUCUUCGGGAGAUUUACCAUAUGACUUACCUGGUGGUUUGCAAACUUCUGAGUGAGAUUUAUGAAAACAUCCAUUGUUUAUACAAGCUGUCAGAUGCAGUUUCUAUGCUGGAUAUGUUGCUUUCCUUUGCACAUGCCUGCACAAUUUCUGACUGUGUUCGUCCAGAAUUUACUGACACUUUGGCUAUUAAGCAGGGACGUCACCCUAUUCUAGAAAAGAUAUCUAUGGAAAAUCCUAUCCCGAACAAUACCUACAUCUCUGAUGGGAAUAACUUUAUAAUUGUUACUGGACCCAAUAUGAGUGGCAAAUCAACAUACCUUAAACAGAUUGCACUGUUUCAGAUUAUAGCACAGAUUGGAUCCUUUGUUCCAGCUGAAUAUGCUUCAAUGCGAAUAGCUGAUCAGAUCUUUACUAGGAUAGGUGUGGAUGAUGAUAUCGAGACCAACUCAUCAACGUUUAUGAAAGAAAUGAAAGAGAUAACAUACAUCAUCCAGAAUGUCACUGACAAAUCUCUCAUUAUAAUUGAUGAAUUGGGUAGAGGAACCAGUGCGGAGGAAGGGAUUGGUAUCUGUCAUGCAGUUUGUGAAUUUUUGUUAAGUUUUAAGUCAUUUACACUGUUUGCCACUCAUUUCCUGGAACUGUGCCACCUGGAUGCUUUAUAUCCUAAUGUAGAAAACAACCACUUUGAGGUUCAGCACAACAGAAAUAAUGCUGGAAAUGUUGAUAAGAUCAUUUACACAUAUGUUCUCUCUAAAGGAUACACAGAGGAAAAGAACUAUGGCUUGAAAGCUGCUGAAGUUUCGUCUCUACCUCCAUCAAUUGUACAUGAUGCUAAGGAAAUUAUGUCCCACGUCACCAAACAAAUAUGGCACAAACAGAGAAGUACUCCAGAAUCUCUACAUCAAAGAGCAGUCUACCAUCUAGCUACAAGACUUAUACAGACAGCAAGAAACUCUUGUUUGGACCCAGAGCGCUUACGAAUGUACUUAACAGGCCUUAAGAAACGGUAUGAAGUAGAUUGUCUCGCAGCUGAACAGUCGCCACAAUGAAUAAUUAAUUCUUAAAUAAUCUGUCACUUAUAAUACUGUAAUAUGGGUUUUGAAGUUUCCUUUUUUAAAAAAGCAUUUUAGUUAAAUAAUCCAAUAAUUUAUUAGAAAUUUGACUUAAUGUUUCCUUCUCCUUGAAAUCUGUAGAUAAUUUGAUUCCUGAAUAUUGACUAAUUCAGUUUUUCAAAGUCUGAAUGGCUCAGUGUUUUUAAAUGGUUUGUAAAUAAAUAAAUUAUGCUGUUGUUGCAAAUUUUGAGUUUAUUGCAAGCUGUGAAGAGAUGGAACUGGAGCUGAAAUGAAUGUUGCAGUAUUAGAUUGGUUCAUAACUCUCUUCAAAGGUGGUUGUUCUCUGACCCCAUUUGUUAAAUUGGCCUGUUGCUAAAAGAGAGGAAGUCUUCUCAUUAAGUUUCCAGGUUCAGGUAAUUCUGAAGCAUUGUUGGAACUGGCAGUAAGAAUAUUCCGGCUGGCAACUUGUUGUUGGUUAACAAAUGACUUCUGAUAGACACUCUGCAAAGGUGCAGAAGCUCACAUGGUUCUCGGUAUCGUGUUGCAGGGAUACAAUCCAGCCAGUUAGAAAUGAGAGCUUUUUGUCUGAAACCAAUGAGUGCCUAUCAAAUAAAAACAAUCUGAACUACGUUACUGUCAUUUAACUUAUUGUUUUCUUUAUAAUGUUAGUAGGACUAUGGCAACACCUAGUUCUGUGAG